AUGGUUGUCCAGGAGUUCACAGUUGAUCUCAACAAGCCCCUUGUUUUCCAGGUUGGCCAUCUUGAGGAACGUUACCAGGAAUGGGUUCACCAGCCUAUCGUGAGCAAGGAGGGUCCACGCUUUUUCGGAAAUGAUGUCUUGGAGUUCUUGACUCGCACAAAGUGGUGGGCUGUGCCAACUAUAUGGCUGCCUGUUGUUUGCUUCAUGUUCGUGAAAUCUAUUUUGAUGGGUAAUACCAUUCAGGACGUAGUUCUGAUGGCUCUAAUUGGAAUAUUUAUUUGGACGCUGAUUGAAUAUACUUUGCACCGCUUCUUAUUCCACAUUGAGACCAAAACCUACUGGUGGAACACCGCACAUUACCUUCUUCACGGAUGCCACCAUAAGCACCCUAUGGACUCGCUCAGGCUUGUUUUUCCUCCUACUGCAACAGCAAUUUUGUGUUUCCCGUUCUGGAACCUGGUCGCAUUCUUUGCAACUCCAUCUACCACACCUGCAUUAUUUGGAGGUGGUCUGUUGGGAUAUGUGAUGUAUGAUUGCACUCACUACUACCUGCACCAUGGACAACCAUCCACAGACCCAGCAAAACAUCUCAAGAGGUAUCACCUCAGCCAUCACUUCAGAAUCCAAGACAUGGGCUUUGGCAUUACCUCAUCGCUUUGGGACGCUGUCUUUGGGACAUUGCCUCCAUCCAUGACACCUGGGAAGAAGAACUGA